ACCGGAGGUCCUCUUUCAGCCGCGGAAAUGUUCAAAACAGAGAAACUCAAAGCUUUGGUGAAUGAGCGACUGAAAGCUGCCGCUGAGGAAAUAUUCAGCAUCUUUGAAACAGCUCUUAGAGAGUAUGAGGAGGUCGUUUUUCUCUCCAAAGAGGACGUCGAGCAACAACGAGGAAGGCUGUCCGGCUGGAAAGGCCCCCUGCAGCUCUCUGUCCCGGAGGAGGACGCUCCUUCGGAGCAGCAUCACUUUGAGAAGAAGGCUGACCUGUGUGAGGAUUAUAAGACGCCUCUGCUGAUUAAAGAGGAGCAGGAGGAAGAACUGUGGACCGCUCAGACAGGUGAAAAGCAGCAGCAAGAAGCUGACACUAAAGACUCUGUGUUCAAUAUCAUUUAUGUGCAGCAGAAUGAUGAAGACUGCAGACAGCUCGCACUUCCAGACCAAACAGGUGAGAAAAAAGGAGACAGUUUGCCCAGCAGCUCAUGUGAACAGUUGAAAUCCGAGCCUGAUAAAGAACUGUGCGGUGCGUCAGAGCCAAACAGUGACUGUCAGAUGAGUGAAGUUAGUGAUGAUGAAUGGAGAAACUCAGACGUACACAUGAAAAAACCACAGCAGGCUGGUGAGACAGCAGACAGACCGCACACCUGCAGUGUUUGCAGCAAGAACUUCAGGAUUAAAUCCAUCCUGACUCGCCACAUGAAGACGCACACAGGAGAGAAACCUUACAGUUGUGGUGUUUGUGGGAAAAGCUUCAUCCAGCGCUCCUAUCUGCAGACUCACAUGAACUCUCACUCUGGACAGAAGCCGCACACCUGUAGCUUCUGCGGCCGAGGGUUCACACAAGUUGGAAACAUGAACGCUCACAUACGGAUCCACACGGGAGAGAAACCUCACAGCUGCGCUGACUGUGGUAAAAGUUUUAGAGAGAAGGCCGAUCUCAUUAAGCACACAAUAAUUCACACUGGUGAGAAACCGUACAUUUGCACUGUGUGUAAUAUGAAAUUCAGCGCGCAGUCCAAUUUAACGCGACACAUGAAGACUCAUUCAGGGGAGAGGCCAUAUAGCUGCACUGCGUGUGGGAAAAGAUUCAUUCGGCGCUCUCAUUUAAUUAUUCACAUGAAGACACAUGCAGGAGAGAAUCCUUAGUUCGGAGAAAUUAUCAUAUUAGCUCCACGGUGUUUAGUUGAUGAUUUCGUAGGUAGAAUGGACUCACAUCAGAGGGGUAAAAUAUAAAAAAAAACAUUUUGUACAAACCAUUUUUUUUAUUUGUUGCUAUGUAGUUUUGUACUGUAAAGGUUCCAACAGAUCCCUAAAAAGUCUUAAAAGGCAUUGAUCUAAUUUAUCUAUAA